AUGUCUACCCCUGCCGAAAUUAUUGCUGCUCGUGUUAACGGGAUCAGUAAUCCUAAUGAAGAAAAUGAAAAUUUGAAUGCUGAAUCACCAAUUCAGGUUUCGUCCGAUUCUGACGAUCUUAAUUCGUUCAAUGAGAGUGAAGCGUCUUUGACGACUUCGGCACCUUCAAUUUCGGAUGAUUCUGCUUUCCCUACAUUAGGGGGCAAGAAAUCAUCAAUUCUGUCAUCAACCCCAUCGUGGGGACCUGCAAUGAAGACGCCAAAGUCUGUUUCUGAAUCCGCCUCUGCUAUGAAGACUACAUCUGCCGUUGGAACUGGUAAAUUCAAAGGAUCGACCAUCCAAGAAGCAUUUUCAUUGGAUGCUGAAGAUCAAUUAAAUGUUGCAAGACCAGAAUUCAUUAAGAUUCUUACUUCUGUUAAGACUGACACUAAAACCAACAUAGAAUGUACCACUUCCCAGCAUACAAAGAAGAGAACCUUUUUAAUUACCGGUAAGCCAGAAGAGGUCAAGUUAGCUAAAAGAUUAGUAAUUAAGAAGUUGACCAAGCCUGUUAAAAUCACUUUCAACGUUCCUGCUAAAGUUAGAUCUAAGGUCAUUGGUCCUCAAGGCCGUACUUUGAAGCCAAUUAUUCAAUCCAAUGAAGUUAAGAUUGAUAUUGGUCACCCAGAUGAAACCCAAGAAGUUGAAACCGAGGAUGAUAUUUUUGCACAAACUGUUAAGGUUAUAGUUGAAGGUGACGUUGAAGGAUGUAAGCAUGCGAAGGCCCUGAUUUUAGCUAUUGUCAAAGAAGAAACUAAGACAUUAUCUACACGUUUGGCUAUAGAAGAUAUAGUUAAACCAUUUGCAGGUAAGGCUAUCGAUCCUAUUGUUCAGAGAUAUGCCGAUUUAGAUAUUGCUGUUCCGGACUACAAGUCCUCUAAUUCGAACAUUCAUAUUGUUGGUGAUAGAGAAUCUGUUAUAGAAGCUAAAGAGCAAAUUAAAAAAGCCUUAGAUGCAUUAUCAGAGAAGAUUACAAUGGAGGAAGUUCCAAUCCCUAGCACUAAGCAUCAGUUCUUGCCAAUUGAGUCUAUUUUAGAAGAGAACAACGUUUUGAUAAAAUUACCAGAACACGGUGAAACAAAUGUUAAGUUUAUCGGUGAAAAGAAAAAUAUCUCAGCUGCCCAAGAAAAUGCAAGAAAAACAACAUCACAAUACAAGGUCGAAGUUUUAGACAUGUCUAAGGCACACAAGGGUAACUUAAGUCAUGUUAAGGCUGUUGCCACUUUGUUGGUCAAGAACGGAACCUUUAAAAACAUCUCUGAUGCUAAUGAUGUUAUUAUUAACGCACCUUCUAAGGAGCAAUUAGAAGCAGAAGAUUCAACCACAAUCCCAAUUGAGAUUGUCUUGAAGAACGAUGAUACCGAAAAAGCUAAAGUUACUAGAAAAUCAAUAGUCUCAGUCGUGAACAAAAUUUCUCCUGAUUCGACCAAGGUUAUCAAUGAUAUUGCUGAAUUCUUGAUUAGAAAAGUUCCAUCUAUUAUCAAUGAAGUUGCUGCUCAGAAUAGUGUCUCUUAUGUUAUCUUAGGUAACACUAUUACUUUAUUCUCGAACGUGGAAGAUGAAUCCGAUGAUUUUGAUUUCGUAGAUUCACCUAAUUCCUCGGAUUCGUUCGCAGCAAUCGACAAUGCACUUAACGAGUUAAGGGAGUUAAGUUCUGAUUUACAUUCCGUUGUCUUGAAAGUUCCUUCCGGCCAGCAAAGUGAAGUCUCCGGUCCAAGAAACACUACUUUGAAAGCUAUCUUAUCUGGAGUUGAACAAAACUCAGUUGUUGUGAAAUUGCAUUCAAAUGCCUCUGAUAAAUCUGCAGAUGAAAUCUAUAUCCAUGGUAUUAAGUCUGCUGUUUCUACAGUUCAAAAGGAUAUUGAAGAAACUUUGAAAGAUGCAGAAAUUUAUAAAGAACAAGGUGGCUUCAAGACUUCUGUUCAAGUCCCAUCAUCAGUUUUGUCAAGAUUAAUUGGAAAGAAUGGAUCAAAUAUGAUUAGUUUAAGAGAACAAUAUGGUGUCAAGAUAGAUGUUAGUGAUGACGGAAAGCAAGAAGGAACUAAAGACAAGAAUGACAAAACCGAAAUAGUCAUUUCUGGUAACAAAAGAAAUGCAGAAGAAGCUAAAGCAUCAAUUUCUCAGUUCUCCAAAAAGUGGGCAGAUGAAACGUUAGUAAGAUUGAGAAUUGAAAGCCAAUACCACAGAAGAAUGAUUGGUCCAAGUGGUGUUUAUAUUAAUAGAUUACAGGACAAGUAUGAUGUUAAAAUCAGAUUUCCGUCUGUUGAUAAUGCUGCUUCUACAUUUGCAGAUGCUCCAAAAUCUAAGGAUGAAGUCACCAUUAAGGGACCAUCUAAAGGUGUUGCUAAAGCAGAAGAAGAAUUAAAGGAAUUAUAUCAAUUUGAAAAAGAAAAUGGGUUCAAAGAAACUAUGAAGGUACCAACUAAAGCCAUCGCUAGAGUUAUUGGUAAGUCUGGUGAAACAAUCAAUGAUAUUGCUGACGGAAGUGGUAUUGAAUAUAAAUUCAACAGAGAUAACAACAACGAAAAUGAAGUUGGAUAUACAGAAGUUGAAUUAACCGGUUCCAGAUCAGCUUUGAAGGAGGCAACAAAGAAGAUUCAAGAAAUCAUUGAUGAAGCCGAAAACUUCACUACUGUUACGAUCAAUGUUGAUCCAAAGUACCACCGUGAAUUAGUUGGACAAGGUGGUUCGGUUAUGAAGGAGAUUAUUGCCAAUGCUGGUGGUGAAGAUGUUCCAAGAGCAAAGUAUUUUAGAUUAUUGACGAUUCCAAAUGAAGGUUCUGGUUCUGAUGAGGUUACAUCUCAAGGAGACAAGGCAAUUGUGAAUAAGAUUAUCGAACAAGUAAAGAAGAUCGUUGCUGCUAAAGAAGCUUCAGUUACUGUCGAAUACGACUUGCCAAAAGAAAAGCAUAGAUUAAUUGUUGGACAAGCUGGUUCUAUUCGCCACUCAUUGCAAGACGAAUUUAAAGCUGAGAUUGAUAUUCCAAGACCAAAUGAUGAAUCAACUAUUAUUAAGUUAGUUGGUUUACCAGAGCAGAUCGAAGGCUUGAAGGCUAAGAUUGAAUCAUUAACCAAGGAUGACUGGAAUAUUUCAAUCGAUAUUCCAGAAAACUACCAUGCAUUAGUUUCAGAAAAAGGUGCUAUUUUCAAGAAGUUGCAAGCAGAUUUCAACGUUCAAGUACAACAUGGAAACUUGACUAGAAAAGCCUCCAAGUUAUCGAGUGCCCCAAUUCCUACUCCGUCAGAAGAUGCGUACCCAAACGAGGACGAAAAAACAAAAUUCACAAUUGUUUCAAAUGACCAAGUUUCAGGUGGCUCCGACGUAAUUCCAUGGAGAUUGAAGGGUGACGAGAAGGAUACUCAAAAAGCUGCUAAAUUAAUCCAAGAAAGAUUAGAAAAUGCCAAGAAUGCCACUUCUAUUGGUUGGUAUUAUUCCCUGAACCCCUCAGCCUUCUACAAGGUUGUUGGCUCCCAAGGCUCAAAGAUUAAUGAUAUCAGAAAGAAGUCGAGCACUUUUAUCACCGUUCCUAGAUCCAACGAUAAGAAUGCCAACUUCAUUUACUUAGUCGGAUCUGAAUCUAACUUAAAAAUAGCUAAGGAAGCUAUCGAAGCAUUGCUCAAAUAA